CGCCGCGAUCGUUUCGCCGCCGGACUAUUCGCCGCGACCAGUUCGCCGCCAUCGUUUCGCCGCCAUUCAUUUCGCCGCGAUCGUUUCGCCGCCGUUCAUUUCGCCGCCGCUCUAUUUGCCGCCGUUCAUUUCGCCGCCGUUCUAUUCGCCGCCGUUUCGCCGCCGGAACUUUUUAGUGACAUCACUUCUCCGAGUUUAGCAUUACCUUUCAAAUUGUUGAUCGAGGUGUCAACUAAAGCCAUUAUAGUCCCAUUAAUUUAA